ACUCAGCCCUUGGGUGGAAAACAACCCAAAAUGUGUGUUUUUUUUUUUUUUAAAAAAAGAGGAGUGCUUGUCAUGAUCUUUAAGAUUAGCUACAAGGAGAAACUUGGCGCAGCACGUUAAAGUUAAAAGUAUGGGUACAGUUUUUAAUUUUGACCUUUGUUUCACCAUUACAAAAAAUUUCUGCAAAGACAUUUAGCUUUAGGCUCACUUCUGCUUUUAUGUGUGCAAAUCUGCAUUAUAGAACACUUUGUAUUCUUUUGGGUUUGAAGUAUGGUGACCAUUUUAACAUUUCAGCCAUGUUGUUGGAGGUGACUGUAAUAGGAGUGACCACAGGAUGACCAUAACCAGCCAGAGGAAAUGGACUGAUGUCUCUGGUUAAUGUUUCACCCUUCUCAUAGGAACAGCACACACAGUCACAGCACUCAGCAUUAAUGGAGGGACUCAAAAAAUGAUCCAACAUUCAAAGUAGAGGCAAAUAAUCGAGAAUGAUGAUUUGUGAAAUUAUGGCUCAGCAGUACUAACAGUUGGUUGUUUCCGAGGUUAAUUGAUUGUCUUAAUAUUCACUAGGCGUUGUGUAUAGUGAUCUUCCUUUUUUUUUCUUUGUAUGGAAUUCAUGACUUGAUGCUUUUGUUACCAAGGGACUUGACCAGUUUUUUUGUGGAAUAGCCAAAUCCUGCUGGAGCAUAUUUCCAGAGUUAAUGAGCUGGAUUCUAAAACGUUACACCUGGGAAAUGACUCUAAACUGGCCAUAGUAUCACACAGAGAUCCAGCAGUGGGAAGGAAUAUUCAGCAUUCAACUGAACACUGAGGCAAAUUAAACUACUAUAAAUUACUUUCAUGGGCCGUGGUUUCCUUAAUCCAUCACAUAAUGAACAGGAGAGGAAUUUACUGGAGGAAGGAACGUAAAGAUCAACAGAUCCGCAAAUAAACCCGUUCAUGAUCAGCAAUAGGGAAUUGAUGAAACUAGUAUAAAUUCCAAGACUUGCUGCCCCGCCAACAUCUACCUUGCUCCAUGAAGGCCGCAUUAGAAACCAACUGAAGCAAUGAGGUUUCAUCUGAAGUUUUACUUGCAUUACCUGGUUCUGUUGGGUUUCAGCUGUGUAAUUUCUACCUAUGGCCCAUAUCAGAGGGCCCAGAGGACAGGUGACAUACUGCUGGGGGGGCUUUUCCCAAUACACUUUGGGGUGGCCUCCAAAGACCAGGAUCUUGCAGCAAGGCCAGAGUCAACUGAGUGUGUCAGAUAUAACUUUCGUGGAUUCCGUUGGCUACAAUCUAUGAUCUUUGCUAUAGAGGAGAUCAACAACAGCUCUACUCUUCUUCCAAACAUCACACUUGGCUACCGCAUAUUUGACACAUGCAACACUGUCUCGAAGGCCCUAGAGGCGUCGCUAAGCUUUGUUGCACAGAAUAAGAUUGAUUCACUCAACUUGGAUGAGUUCUGUAACUGCACAGGGAACAUCCCAUCAACCAUUGCAGUGGUUGGAGCAUCUGGAUCUGCAGUGUCAACAGCAGUGGCUGACCUAGUGGGCCUCUUCUACAUUCCCCAGAUCAGCUAUGCUUCAUCCAGUCGACUUUUGAGCAACAAGAAUCAGUACAAAUCCUUCAUGAGAACUAUCCCUACAGAUGAGUAUCAGGCUAUUGCUAUGGCUGCCAUCAUUGACCACUUCCAGUGGAACUGGGUGAUUGCUAUCGCCUCUGAUGAUGAAUAUGGCCGUCCGGGUAUUGAAAAGUUUGAAAAUGAAAUGUUCCAUAGGGACAUUUGCAUUGAUCUCAAUGUUUUAAUUUCACAAUACAUUGAUGAAGCUGAGAUUCGGCGUCUGGCAGACCGCAUUGAAAACUCAACCGCCAGGGUCAUUGCUGUGUUUGCUAGUGGCCCAGAUGUUGAGCCACUUAUUAAAGAAAUGGUGAGGCGAAACAUCACAGACCGCGUCUGGUUGGCGAGUGAGGCAUGGGCCAGCUCUAGUCUAGUUGCCAAGCCAGAGUACCUUGAUGUCAUGGGUGGAACGAUUGGCUUUGCACUGAGGGCUGGGAACAUACCCGGCUUUAAAGAAUUCUUACAGCAAGUCCAUCCAAAGAAGUCCAGCCAUAAUGAAUUUGUGAGGGAAUUUUGGGAAGAGACCUUUAACUGUUACCUAGAAGAUAGUCCAAGGAAUGAGGACAGUGAAAAUGGCAGUACAAGUUUCAGACCACUGUGCACUGGUGAAGAGGAUAUUGCAAGUGUAGAGACACCGUACCUGGACUACACACACCUAAGGAUUUCUUACAAUGUGUACGUUGCUGUUUAUGCCAUAGCACAGGCACUUCAGGACAUACUUACCUGCACACCUGGAAAAGGAUUGUUUGCUAAUGGCUCUUGUGCAGACAUUAGGAAAGUUGAAGCAUGGCAGGUUCUGAAACAACUAAGACACCUCAACUUCAUAAACAGCAUGGGGGAGAGGGUGCGUUUUGACAAUGGCAGUGAGCUCUCAGCAAAUUAUACCAUUAUAAACUGGCAUCGAUCCCCUGAGGAUGGGUCUGUUGUAUUUAAGGAAGUUGGUUAUUACAGCAUACAUAACAAGAACGGGGCCAAACUUUCCAUUGACAAGACAAAAAUACUGUGGAACGGCCAUCUCACUGAGGUACCAUUUUCCAACUGUAGCGAGGAGUGUGAACCUGGAACCAGAAAAGGAAUUAUUGAUGGCAAACCCACAUGCUGCUUUGAGUGUACAGAGUGCUCAGAUGGGGAGUACAGUGAUCAUAAAGAUGCCAGUGUUUGCUCUAAAUGCCCAAACAACUCCUGGUCUAAUGGCAAUCACACUUCCUGCUUUCUGAAGGAGAUUGAGUUUCUGUCCUGGACCGAACCUUUUGGGAUCGCUUUGGCCUUAUUUGCAGUACUUGGGGUUCUGUUAACGGCUUUUGUGUUGGGUGUUUUUGUGCAAUUCCGUGAUACUCCAGUUGUGAAAGCAUCCAACCGAGAGCUGUCAUUUCUUUUGCUGUUCUCACUUAUCUGUUGUUUCUCUAGCUCUCUCAUUUUCAUAGGCGAACCACAGGACUGGACAUGCCGUGUACGGCAACCAGCCUUUGGAAUCAGCUUUGUGUUAUGCAUCUCUUGCAUUCUGGUUAAAACCAACCGUGUCCUACUGGUGUUUGAAGCCAAAAUCCCCACCAGUCUCCACCGUAAAUGGUGGGGACUGAACCUGCAGUUCUUACUAGUGUUCCUGUUCACAUUUGUGCAAGUGAUGAUCUGCGUGGUUUGGUUGUACAACGCUCCACCAGGGAGUUACAAGAACUAUGACAUUGAUGAGAUCAUCUUUAUCACCUGUAAUGAGGGCUCCAUGAUGGCGUUGGGAUUCCUCAUUGGCUAUACAUGCCUGCUGGCUGCCAUCUGUUUCUUCUUUGCAUUCAAGUCUCGGAAACUUCCUGAAAACUUCACAGAGGCCAAGUUCAUAACAUUUAGUAUGCUCAUUUUUUUCAUCGUUUGGAUCUCCUUCAUCCCUGCAUACUUCAGCACCUAUGGCAAAUUUGUCUCAGCGGUUGAGGUCAUUGCCAUUCUGGCUUCCAGCUUCAGUUUGCUAGCCUGCAUCUUUUUUAACAAGGUGUACAUAAUUCUCUUAAAACCAUCCAGGAACACAAUUGAGGAGGUUCGCUGCAGCACAGCAGCUCAUUCGUUCAAAGCAGCAGCGAAGGCGACGCUACGGCACAGCUCUGCCUCCAGAAAGAGGUCCGGCAGUGUGGGUGGGUCCUCUGCCUCCUCGCCCUCUUCAUCGAUCAGCCUGAAGACCAAUGGGAAUGAAAUGUCCCCCUCUACACGCAGACAUAGUCAAAAACCAAGGGUGAGCUUUGGAAGUGGAACAGUCAGUCUCUCCUUGAGCUUUGAGGAAGCUAGAAAGAACUCGGUGAAAUGAUU